AUGACCAGUUUAAAAGAAGAGGAAUAUGUCCACAAGGUCUACAAUGAAAUUGCUUCACACUUUUCGGAAACUAGAUAUAAACCAUGGCCAAUUGUCACUGAAUUUUUAAACGAGCAAACUAUGGGUUCCAUUGGAAUCGAUGUUGGAUGUGGUAAUGGGAAGUAUUUGGGUAUCAACCCCAACAUAUAUCUAAUUGGGUCUGAUCAUUCCUCCGGUUUAAUCUCAUGUGCUCAUGAUAUUGAUAACAAGUAUAAUAUUUUCGUAGCAGAUGGACUACAUCUACCACAUAAAGAUAAUACAUUUGAUUUUGCAAUUUCAAUUGCUGUUGUCCACCAUUGGGCUUCAAGAGAUCGUCGUAUUAGUGCUAUUAAACAUAUACUAUCUAAACUAAAGCCUGGAGGUAAGCUAUUAGUGUAUUGCUGGGCAUUAGAACAAGGCUCGUCCAGAAGAGGGUAUCAUGAAGGUAUGGAACAAGACGUACUAGUUCCAUGGGUUCUUCAUAAUACAUCAAAAGAAAAAAAAGCUUCUACGAAGACAUCUAUUAAUAAGAUAAAACACGAAAAACCUGAUUUAUCAGGAAUUCCACCUUCAGAAAGAGCUAAAUUCGUGUCAGAUUGGAAGAUUCAAAAACAAAAAGAACGGGAAGAGGAAGCUAAAGCUGAAGCAGCAGCUAAGAAACAACAAGAAGAAGAGCUUGAGAAGAAGUCGAGUGAUCAAAAGGAAAACACUAAAUAUCGUUUCUAUCAUUUAUAUCGUAAAGGUGAACUGGAAGAGGAUUGUGAAAGUGCUGGUGCAACAGUUCUGAAAGGUGGGUAUGAAAGAGAUAAUUGGUAUGUGGUAGCUCAAAGAACUUGA